GAAAAACUUCAACAUGAAACUAAACAGAUGCAGGCCCUUGAUGAGUUAUGGAGUAUAGAAGAACGUUAUAAUAAAUUAAAGAAUCAGCUUCGAAAUCUUCAAAAUAUUAAAAAUAAGUUGGCUAAAUCACAACCUUAUGAAGAUGGGCAAAAGAUUAUCUUAAGCAAAGCACUUUAUCUAGUUACUACCAAAAAAAAUACACAAAAAGA